GGCGCCCAGCGGAGGGCCCCAUUUCCUGUCACUAGUUACGUCACUUCCGGCGUUCUCCGGGGACUGAAAGCAAGCAUGGGGUCCUUGGAACGGAGUGGUCUGCAUGGACUCUUCGCGGUCUACAAGCCACCUGGAUUGCACUGGAAACAUCUGCGGGACACCGUGGAGUUUAAGCUCCUGAAGGGUCUUAACUCAAAGAAACAAUAUACCCCUAAAGAGCACAUCAGAUUCCUGCUUGCCCCCAAGGAAGGAAGUGAAAGGGGAGAACUAACCCUCAUAGCCAAAAAUGUUCCAGCCCUUUCUGAACACUCAUUAGUGAGAGGGCCAAAAUACACCAGCAUGAAGGUGGGCGUUGGGCACCUACUGGAUGUCAAGUCAUCUGGAGUGCUUGUGCUCGGUGUGGGACGUGGAAACAAGCUGCUCACAGACAUCUACAAUGCCCAUCUCACCAAGGAUUACACAGUUCGUGGGCUCCUGGGCAAAGCCACAGAUGACUUCUCAGAUGAAGGAAGACUGAUUGAAAAGACAACUUAUGAUCAUGUGACCCCAGAGAAGCUCAGCAGAAUCCUGGCAGUCAUCCAAGGCUCCCAUCAGAAGGCAAUGGUAAUGUAUUCCAAUCUUGACCUGAAGACUCAAGAGGCCUAUGAAAUGGCUGUGAAAGGAUUAAUCCGGCCCAUGGACAAGAGUCCAAUGCUGAUUACAGGAAUCCGAUGUCUCAAAUUUGCUCCUCCUGAAUUCCUUUUAGAGAUUCAGUGCAUGCAUGAGACCCAGCAGCUGCUCCGUCGAGUGGUGCACGAGAUCGGAUUGGAACUGAAAUCGUCUGCCGUCUGUACCCAGGUGCGGCGGACCCGAGAUGGGGUCUUCACUCUGGAGGAUGCCCUCCUGCGGACACAGUGGAACAUUCACAACAUUCAGACAUCGAUCCAAAAAGCAGCCCCUCGAGUAGAGGCGGAGCUUGAAAAAAGCCAGACCAUAGCAUUGGACCAUCCAGACCCUGUGGGACAAUCUGUUUCCUAACAUCCAGGUCACAAAUUUUCCCCAUGUGCUAGGCAGAAUGAGGCACACAGCCUUAGGAAAGAACAGCAGGGGAGGGUGCUGGAUGGUGUGGGAGUUGGCAAAUAACUGGAUUGCAGGAUUGAGAAUCAGGACCUGACUGAGGUUAGAGUUCACUGCCAGGAGGAAGACUUGGGACACUUUAAAAAUCAUCCUUGUGUAUUCAGUAAAUAAAAGGUCCUGCCCCCUGGCUUUGGUAUAAGGAAUGACUUGGUCUUAGUCUAGUGAACAUAGCUGAGAAGAGAGCUUAGAGGGCUUCUGAAUCAGCAUCCUUGGCAGCUUUGUUGAUUCUGGCAGAAUCUGGCCAAAGUCAGUAGAGAGGUGGAGAUUUCAGGAAAAAGUGGUGAGAAGAGGGAGAUGGCAAAGGAGGAGGAAUUGAUAAUUCUUGAGUACUUAAGUUUUGAGAGGAUCCCUUCUGUCUUGAGAGGGAGGAAUCAGGAGGAACUAAGGAUUCUAUGAAGAAUUCGGAGCAUUUAAUAGCUGGGAUUAUUAUGGGUUUUGUUACAGAGAGGGUUGAAAUCAAAUAGAAACCAGGUCUGUCUCUUCCCUUCUUCCUUGACUCCUAAAUCUCUAGGUAGCUUAGUUGUGGGGGAAGGAACACUGGAUUUUUGGUCAGAAAACCCGAGUUUGAACCCUAGGUUUGCCAGAUGACCAUGGCCAACUCACCUCACCUUUCUGAGCCUUCUUUGGUACACAUUUUUACCACACAGUUAUUAAGAGGAUAAAAUGAAACUAUGUAUAAAGAAUUCUGUAAAUUUUACAGUCCUGUAAGAGGGUCAGGUGCUGGUGGAUCUUUGAGUGAAAGGCUGAGCAGGACCUUUUUAUAACCCUGUUCCAGAGAUGUGCUUUUGGGCUGAACUUAAGAAAGGCUGGGUGGGGCUCAUCUGUUUUUCUGGGAUGGGACUAGUUGUGAGGUGAAGAGAAAGGUGAUUGCAGAGCAUGUUGUAUGUUACCUAAUAACCUAGAGAUUGGGGACUAGAAAACCUUGCUGAAGGGAUUUGGUGAUUCUAAUUUUUCUUCUGCCUUCUUUCUUCAGCCUCCCUCUCCCUGACCCCACCCCUCCAGAUUAUUGUAUAUAUUGGUGUCAGAGACUGGUUUAGACCAUCAGAGCUUCUAGAACCCUAGUCUUAUAGGAAGGUAUAGGCUAUGCUUAGUAAUAGGUCAUAAUAAAUAGUAAUUGCUGAUAAACUUAAAGCAUCAGCUCCACCCAUCAUUACUCAUACCAUCCUGGUCCCCUACAGAAGGUAUCCACCCCUUUUGUUAAGCAAACCAAGGCUUUUGGCAUGUUCUACUUCCAACAAAUACAAAUUCCCAUAAAAUCCAAAUCAAAUCAGAUACUGCCUUUCUGCCUUGAUUCUCUCUAUUCAACUUGGGCUCAGGGAUGGGUUAGAAGUAUUCAUUUCUACUCUCUUUUCCUCAUUUCUAUUCUUAGAUUUUUCAGUCAAAACUUUUUUUUUUUUUUUUUUAAGUAUCUACCAUUCAUCCACUCCUACACGUUUAUAGAAUGCUUUCUGUGUAUGAGCACUUGACUAGACUGUAGGUAAUGUUCAUAUAAGGCACUUCUUAGAGCUUACAGUGUAGUGGGGGUAGGAGUAGAAUAAAAUAUAUACAUUUAAUACAAUUUCAUAUAUGAAAAGUAUAGUAAGAGAAGUACCAAGUAUUGAUUUCAUUGGAAUGAAAUAAUCAUUUCAGGAUACUUUUUAUGCUUUGCACUGUGCUGUUUUAAUUAUGUAAGAAACAUGAGCAGAGUCUUAGUUUUUGACACAUAGUUGUUUACUUGCUUGUUUACUUCACAAAUAACCUCAGGCCCUUUUCCCCUUCUGACUAUGCUUUAGUUCAUUUUUUUUCUUCAGUUACUCUCCACCCUAAUUUUGGCUCCUAAGGUAUUUUUUUCUGGCUCAGUUUUUAUGGAUGUUUUAUAAAUGCUUAUUAACUUAAGUCCCAUAUACAGAAAACAAGAACCCCCAGGGCCUACAAUUUGCAAAGCAUUCACACAAAGUAGUUAUAUCCUCCAUGCAUAUUUUCUGGUACUCUUAUCAAAAUCUUUUUUCCUAGCCCUUUAGCUAGGUAGUAGUUGCUACAUUUCACCCAAGGAAAGCAAUGAAGGAUAGCAAGGAGCUCUCCCCUAUCUGUAGUGACAGCAAGGUCACACGGAAGUGGUUUCAAUGUCCACAGGUAGGAUUGAUAUUAGUCAUCCCUAAGAAUUUCCUGUUUGUGUUGUGAGACAAUCUGUCAUUGGGAUCUUCCCAAUUGAGGAUAUCCAAUGAGGGAGCAUCCUCACAGGAUCUGGUUAAGAAUACCAACUGUUGGAUAGUUAGAGGGAAGCACGGUGUUGGAUCUCUCAGUUCCUUUCUGCCUAAGGUUUCUGCAUGUAGUAAUACAUGUUGGUGUCAGUUACCUUUCCCUGUGCACUCUGGAAAAAACAGCUUGGUCAGAAAACCUGUUCUCUAGUCACUUGUUAGUCAUAAAACUGUGGACAAAUAUGAAUGAGUACUGGUUUUCUCAUUUAUAAAAUGGAGGUAAUAAAUAUAUACUUUAUAUCUUAUUGUGAUGAUCAAAGGAUAUAAUGUAUGAAUGUAUGUGAAUAUAUGUGAUUACAUAUAUAACAGUAUAAGGUUGAUAUCAUUAACAUUUGAAAGAGCUGGGUACUCUGAGGAGUCUCAGUGGCUAAACUCAGCUCCUUUGUGAAGUUAGAUUUUCUAAAUGCCAUUGGAAGCAAACAGUCCUAUUCCUUACCCUAAUAAACCAGCUGGACAGGUUUGCUUUUUUUUUUUUUUUUUUUGUAAGGUGAAUAAAGAAGCCAGGAAACAACCUAAGUCACCUGUAACAGUGAGCAUAUUUCCUCAUUCAAAAUUUAAGGAUUAGAGAAAGAUUGAAGUGACUAUUUACAAAAAGAAAAUUUUUCAUUUAUAGUUGAUUCAAAUUGGAUGUUAAUUUUAAAAUGAGCAAAUUUGCUGUUUAAGAAUAAAGUUGUGUUUAAUUUG